AUGAUUUUAAGGCUACUCUCAUCAUCCAACGGCCACUUGGGUAAAUCGAUUGCCAGUCUGGCCAAUGCACGAAACUGGUGUCCUGUUGCGGGGAAUUUGUUUCGAUCCGCAAUAUGUCGGCAAAGGUCGACACAAGUGCCGGCAAAUCGUGUAUACGAUGUGAAUACCAAAGUUCCGAAGGAUGUAAUGCUGUUUAAGUACGAGAACCCGCGAUUCUUCAAAAUGUUAAACAUUUUCGCAGUGUCGCAGUUUCUUUUUUGGGGCUACCUUUGCCACUUUUCAUACACCACCCUAAAGGAUGCUCCCGUACCGGAAGAAGGAAAAGAGGAUCUUCCAUGGUACAAACGGGUAAAUUUGGGAGAAAAUAAAUAUCGCAAUGGUAUUGCAAUUAUGUGCUUUUCCAUAGGUUAUGGUGUGUUGUUCGCUUCGUGGAUAUUCACACUGCGAUCCGUGCGUUAUUUGGUGUUACGGAAAGGUGGAGAUAAGGUCAGCGUCAUCACGUAUGCUCCGUUCGGCACAAACCGCAUCAUGGAUGUUCCGCUGAAGUAUGUUUCUGCGCAAGAGUCUAGGGAAGCUGCUCGUGUCACGGUGCCGGUAAAGAUCAAGAGCAAGGCUUUGUUUUACAUGCUAGAUAUGCGAGGGGAGUUUACAAACACUAAGCUUUAUGAUUACACGGUCGGUUUAAGUCGAAAGCUUUAA